UUUGUUUCCUGGUUGCAGAUUUCGUGUGCUUUUUUUUUGCGAAGGAUUUUUCCGAGUGUGAUGUAGAUUCAGCAAGUGGGCCUCUGCAACAUUGCUGAUUAACUCGAUGCGCUCUCAAAAGGUCGUUUAAAUGUGAGCGCUCAGGAGAAAGAACAAUUGGCUCUUCCUCGAUCUCAGCGAAGAUUAGAAAAGAAAAAUUUAUCAAUUUUCCCCGGGCGAUGAACAACGAAAGAACGGCCAUCUUUUCGAGACCCGUGGGGUCGUCAACCUCUUAUCUUCGUUCCUACGGCUCAGCUGGAUCAAAUUCAAGAACCCAACUCUCAAAUGCACCCAAGAAAAAGAUGGUCAAGCAUGAAAUCAGUUCAACGGAUACGCUGCAAGGGAUUGCGUUGAAGUACGGUGUCACGAUGGAAGAGUUGAAGCGAGCGAACAAGCUAUGGACAAACGAUAGCAUUUGCAUGCGAAAAUUCCUCGACGUGCCUGUGGAUGCAGACGCGGUCGUGAACGGGGAGGCGGACGGAGCAAAGGAUUCGAACCAGGAACCCGGGUUCGAAGACGAUUUCGUGCCCAGGCCAGUGAUCAAAGACACAACGAACUGUGAUGGUUUCCGGAGGAGUCAGAGCUUCGAUUUGUCGGAAACGUGUCCCAAGUUGUUCCUCAGCCGCGCCGACGAGGCUGUGGAGCACGUCAAAUUAAACGUGGACCUUUUGGCGAAGAAGAGCGAGUUCGCGACUGUCGAAGAAGAAGAGGAAGACCCUUCGUAUGGCUACGCCGGAGGCUUUUCCUACCAGCAAUACUCUCGUCGGAAAGCCGUGCCCAAGAAGAUGAAGAGCAAGCGAGAAUCUUCCCAUGACCAGUUUUUCCAAUUGUGACGGUACUCCGGUGGUAUUGCCAACCCUGCUUACGACCCGGAGGACAACUAAGGGUUUUUAAAAACGCAAUCGUUUCAACCCUCAGCAAAGAAGAAAAAAAAAUCAAUUCUUUUUCAUCCCUUGUGCGAUUUUUCGAUGUUUUAUGUUGCGUUGCAUUUUUUUUGGCGAUAUCACCACCACCAGUGGCGUACACUUCGUAGUCGGAAUUUAGGUUUUAAGUCGAGUACUUUUUUCUAUCAUUUUGGCGCUCAAAUCUUGUAGGCUUACUUAGUUUAGACUUCGGUGUUAGUAGAGAUGAUGUUAUGCGACCUGCGGUGCAAGCGAUUUGUCCCAACAUUCAGGUUGAAGUUUAGUUUGAAUAGAGUUUUAUUUUUUGUCCCUGAAAUUAGUUUGAAAAUCGCAAUCGUUGAAGUUUUUUAGCGACCAAUUUUGAUCGAAUUUAAAGAAGCACUGGCUGUCUGAUUCGUUUUCCUUGUCGUGAUGAAAUCAAAUCGCUAGAAAUAUUUAUAUUGCCCAGUUGAGCGAGGGUAUUUUCAGAAGUAUCCGAACUUGCAAGCGUCGUCUGAUUUCAUUGAUACCAUUUUCCGAAGAAUGUUUCCAAUUAUUUUUUUCUGAAGUGACAUUUGCGAAGCGAACAAAACUUUAUUUUGAAGUUCUCUCCUUCCCUUUUUCGAAGCAAUCGUAGCUUUCUGAAUCGUAGAAGAAUGAACAAUAGUUUCAAAUGAUAUAAUAUUGUUUUGAUGACCAAGCUUGGGUUGAUUCAACUUCGGUUUUCCUCGUUCUCAGUAAAAAAUGAAAGUUAUCGGUGGGGUAAAAGAUCAUUCGUCAAAACAGUUCGAAAUGCCCCGAAUCUCAAUCUUGAGAUCUCAACGUUCAUUUUGAAAUUCAGCUACUCAUUCUGACUGUUCUCGAAUGCAAAUAAAAGUCAUUCGUUUGAUGUUCAGCGUCUUUUGACAAAAAUAGGAGGAAAAAAAUAUAUUUUCGCUAGAUUCCCGAAUUUGAGAAGUAUAUUAAACUUGGCACAGCGGCUUGUAUAAAUUUCUGAUGUCCUAGAUAUAUAUUAAAAUUUUAUGCAUGCGCAGGUUGAUUUCAGGGACGUCUUCCACGAGUCUGAGAAUUUCUGAAAAUGCCCUCGUACAUAUCAAAAUGUCUGUAUCUAGAUUACCAGGAUCACUUUCAAUGAAGAAACGAUCGCUUCAGAAUUUUGAAUCCCGUAGUUUUUGAUACCCUCGAAAACUGGAACCGGAUAUCGGGAUUUACUCCUAAUAUCCGUGUUCUUCUUCAACUUUUCGGCCGUUUGGCAAUUUAUUUUUUUAAUCCCUGCAUCCACUCUAAUGCAUUUCUCGUCUCGGCAAGGAAAAGGGUGAAGUAUCGGGGGAGGCGUGAGUUUAUUUUUUAUUUCCGCCUUAGGCUUGGGCAUCGUUUUGCGGUGUUUUCAGCAGGUGAAUGGAGGGAAUUCAGUUGGCUUUUCUUUGCCACGAAGAAGGCUAAUCAAGACUGCGAGAAAAACGAGCGUACUUGGGUUACCACGUUUUCUGAGCGUCGUGAAGAAUCGGGUCGGAAUGGUUUUUUUUUUGGUCGGUGAAGAGGUUAGGAUUGUGUUCACGAGAAAGAAAAAGAGAGAAAUUGUUCUGCUUAAAACGGUUUAGUCACGCGAAGCUGUAUUUUUUUUUUGUUCCUUCCGCUUUGAAAUGGUGAUUGUUUUGCUCAUUUUGUUUGUUUCGAAAGCCCAGUGAUUUUGUGUGGAAAUCGAUGGCGAAUUUGUAUCACGGAAACUCUGGCGAACGGUGGAUGUAACAAAUGAGCUAAUAGUAAAAACGAGGUAAUUGUUUCCUGA